UCCAGGGUCUCAGGUGGCGCGGCCCCUCCGUUUCCGGCGCUGUACGGCCCGCCGUGCCUUCACCGUUCCGCGGGCUGCCGCCGGUGCCGGCCCUCGGGCCCCCAAGUCGGUGGACGGCCACGUGUGCGUCGCCCUCCCCACCAUCUGCAUCUUCCUUCCUCGACAAGGUCGCUGCGUCCUCCCAGCGGAGGGUACCGAGCGCGAGUGGUCGCUUCCACCUUCCGCCGCCUCCAGUCUAUGCUGUCGGAGCGCUCGCAGUAUUUCAUACACUAGGUGAGUCUCGACCAUACCAUGAACAGUUCUUGUGCAAGGUGCGGAGAGUGAGAUUUUUGGGAUAUGGACGAUCGAUGCAAGUACUUCUUCAAGGUUAUGAUGGGUGAUUUUCGAAGUCGAAUGACCAUACCAGACAAAUUUGCACAGCGUUUUAGGGAUAAGAUCCGAGGAAAGAUAAAGUUGAAAGUGUAUAAUGGAAGCACUUGCACUGUUGUAGUUGCCAGACAUCGGAAUAAGUUAGUUCUCGAAGCAGGAUGGGAGGCAUUUAUCAGCACUCAUGACAUAAGGCUGGCUGACUUACUUGUAUUCAGAUACAAUGGAAAUUUUCAGUUUGAGGUUUUGGUCUUUGAUCCAAGCUGUUGUGUGAAAGAGUCCUCAAAUGUUGCUCAGAACUGUUGCGAUCAUGUCCAAGUCCAGCAAAGGCACAGAGAUCUUCUUGACAUUUCAAGCGACUCUGGUGAUGACCAGGAGCCCAUGCAAUCAUCAGGAAGUGAAGAUCCAACUCCAGCUGAAAAGAAAGGCCCAAACCAGAGCACUAAGAAGACCAAUACAAGUUCAUUAACCUGCCACCUAAAUGCACCUGAGUUUGCAGAUGUUUAUUCCUCAGAGAAUGAUCAAGAAAUAUCUUCUAUGACUAGUUACAUCUUCUCACCUUUUACACAUCUCACUCAAAAGCAAAGGAUGAAAGUGGAAAAGAGAGUCCAGGAUAUAUGUUCUAGCAUCCCCAUAUUUGGGUCUGUCAUGACAAAAUGCAACAUUACUCGAAACCCUCGCUAUCUGGGCUUCUGUAGAAAAUAUGCCAAUCAGUAUCUUCCAAGUGAGAGCCAAAUUCUAAGGCUUCAGCAACAUGGAAAGGUGUGGCAAGUGCUCCUUCGUGCUACCAAGAGAAAUUCGAUACGGUUUUGUCGUGGAUGGAAAGAAUUUGUAAGUGACAACAGGCUGCAGAUAGGUGAUAUAUGCCUCUUUGAACUACUGAAGAACGAAAAAAUGCUCGCAAUGAACAUCCAUAUUAUUCGGAAAUAGAAAUUGUUCAUAGAGGUGCAUGUCCUGUUGCUGGGAGUGUGUUUCUCCCUUUUAGCAAAAGGAGUGUGUUCGUGCCCAGCUGUUGGCAGUCCUUUUUUACUUAGUUCUACAGUAAUAUAUAGGUUGCAGCCAAACUUGGCUCUGGAAUGUGAAUUUUUUUCAGCACAGCGUAUCUUCUAUGUGCUUCUAUGACAUUCAGAGUUUGCCCAAAGAGCCGCUCCAAGGCUUAAGCUGGUUGGUUUUAGGCCUCAA